GUACGGCCAUGGUGAGCCGCUUCUCGCGUCUCGCUUUAUCACGGCUGUUUAGACUUGCGCUCGACGACUGGUGAACCUGCUAGAUUGUAGCAGGUGGUGGUCAUAGUGCACCGCUCGUCAAAACGUCUCGUUGUGUUUACCGCUGCAGCAUAAUUCAUUUUUCAUCAUGAAUUUAUGCCGUGAGGAUCUUUUGGCUAUCUUAAUAGCUAGUGAUAAUGUUUCUUUGAAACUAAAACAUGGAAGGUCUACUGACGUUCAUGAAAUAAAUAGAUCACGCCAAAAAGUUGGUGAAUAUCAUACCUUGUUUUCACAGCUGACGGCCCAUCCAGAAAAAUUUUUCGAAUAUUUCCGCAUGCAAGAAUUGACAUUUAAGUAUAUUUUGAAUCUAAUAGAAAAUCGUUUAAAAAAACAGUGGUGCAACUUUCAUCAACAAAGAAUUCUGCCGGAAGAACGUCUUAUGGUAACUCUGAGGUAUCUUUCAACGGGAUUAUCAUUCAGAGCACUGGCCUUCAGUUUUCGGAUGGGAAAAUCAACAGUUGCUGGAAUUGUCAAAGAAACCGUGGAAGCAAUAUGGGAUGAACUAUAUCCGAUUCAUAUGCCAAUGCCAACCAGUGAAUCUUUGAAAAAAAUUGCAGAAAAAUUUUAUGAAAUUUGGAGUUUUCCAAACGUGAUUGGUUGUCUUGAUGGAAAGCAUAUUCGUUUAAAUUGUCCUGCGAAUUCUGGUUCUAUGUUUUACAAUUAUAAACAGUAUUUCUCUUUAGUUCUUCAGGCCCUUGUCGAUGCUGACUACAAAUACAUUAUUAUUGACGUAGGAGGGUAUGGAAAACAAAGCGAUGGCGGAACUUAUUUAGCUUCUCAUCUACUUCAUUUUAUAGAAAAUAAGUUUAUAAAGUUUCCAGAACCGACUUUUUUGCCACAUAGUCGAAUCGAAGCCCCCUAUGUUAUUCUUGCAGAUGAGGCUUACCCAUUGCUUCCAUACCUCAUGAAGCCAUAUAAACCUGAAGGACUUACUGAAAGAAAACGAAGGUUCAAUGAUCGCUUAUCACGUGCCAGAAAGACAGUAGAAUGUGCAUUUGGGAUCACAUACUCGAAGUGGCGCAUACUUUCAAAGUCAAUAGAGACUUCAUUGGAUCUUGCUGACAAAAUUGUAAAAUGUGUUUGUGUUUUGCAUAACACAGUAAUUGAAAGAGAAGGAUUGGAAAGGCAUCUCACAGAUGUCCACAUUGGAGGACACAAUGUCAGUUGGGAAAGGAGAGGCAGGCCAGCUACUCAGGCAGAAAACAUCAGGGAUACAUUAUCUCAGUACUUUGAAAAAUAUCCUUUGAGUUAUGUUUAAAUAGAUAUAAAUAAUUUUGGAUCUUAUCAUUUUGAGUUAACAUAAAUUUGAAUAGUGAGUAAUUGAAUAAGGUAAAGUAGUGUUUGUGGAAUAUGGAAGUAUUUCAUAAGUACAAUAAAUAGUUAUAAAUUC